AUGCCGUGUGCGCGCUGCCGCUCUGGUGGCGCGGUAUGUACCUAUGAACGAGUAGACCAUGCCUCUUCACCUGCCACUCCACGCUUCGACGUCGAUACGCGCUCUAGCCACAGCCAGGCCGGUGAUGCAGGGCCAACCUCCAAUGGGCAGCGUGGAGGCAUCUCUAUUGAAUUUCUUCUCAACUUCACGAACCCAUCAGGCUACCGUCCAUCCGCAGUAAUCGCCGCUGAAGCUGCCGAGCUCGAUGAUGCAGACGGUGAAGCGCGCGCUCAGCUAGACCCGACAGACCAGCAAAUGGCCAAUGACCAAAUGUUCUUCGAUCUCGCCGAUGUUCCUUCGGUCUUCUUCGGCUUUCCAUUCCUCAUGGAAAGGGAUGCUGAGUACAUAUCUCCAAUGAUAAGCGAUAGUCUAACGCCUGAGCUCGAGGAUGCCUACGCGCUGGAAGUUCGUAUCAGAGAACUGAUACACGAACUCUCCGCUCAGUACAGCGCCAUGCUGGAACGCAAUGAUGCCAUCCAAAUGGCUUUUGACCUCCAGUUCGCAGAGUCAGUCUUCACAGUAGGAAACGUAAGACACUUUGUUUGGGCUUUCUUUCGCUAUUUUCACUUCUCAUUUCCCAUCCUGCACAAGCCAACGUUCGACUUGCAGACGGCAUCACUUCCUCUCUUGCUCACACUUAUUCUGUUCGGCUCCAUGUCUUCCAACGACUCGGGUUCUUCCAUCGCAGUACGACGGUUCUCAUAUAUUGCGGAAGCUUACGUUUUUGACAAGCUGAUUUCGCGGCAAAAAUUGCAGACGCCCCAAUCAGCAUUCGUUAAUAACGAGGAGCUUGAACUGAUACAGGCGAGCCUUUUGUUCUUGGUCUUUUUGAACAACGUCAACGACCUCGCUACACGACGGCGAAUUCGACUCCAGAGGAUGCCGUCAGUAAAUGCCGCUGUGCGAGCAUCAGGCUUGUUCGCACAUCGACGAAGACCCUUUAUCACAGCCCAAGGUACAUAUGAUUGGCGGGGUUUCAUUGCCGAUGAGAUGCGAUUAAGAGUGGGAAUGUGGACUUGCAUAUUUGAGACCACCAUAUCAAUUUUCUUCAACACCCCACCACAGAUUGCUACAGCUGAGAUGACUGGUAACAUGCCAUGUGAUGAGGAUCUAUUCAGAGCCGAAUCAGCCGCGGACUUUGAGCGGGUUGCCUCACUUGGACGGUCAAACCAACAGGCUUAUACAUUACCCGAACUCAUGUCACGCCUUCUCCUCGCACCUCUUGAGGAGAACGAAAACAAUGAGAAACAUGUCUCAGCAACAGUAAUGUUGAUACUCAUUUGCGGUUUGUCAUUGCUUUACCUCGACUAUGAAGUUACGACUGACCCUCCAUAG